UGCGCAGCCUGAAAAUGUCGGCUGGCUGAAUAUACGUUUUUCUCUAUGUUAUCAUGAUACAAUUGAUUUCUCUUGGUUGUAUUUAAACGCAGUUAAUAUUGUGAAAUACAUCAUUUUGAGAGGUGGUUAAUUUUUACACCGUUUCAACUCUAUUUUUAAUUGAACGGUCAAACAUAAAUUAGUGAAAAUCAGGCGAUAAGACCUUAUGUCAAGCCACUUUGAUAUUGGGAGGGCCGAGGACGUGUGCCAAAAUGAAGAAAUUAUUCUCAAAAAUCGACAACACGUCGAAAGAGCCCAGCGGUUAUUUGGGAAAGGUGUUCGUUGUUGGACGACAUACAGUGACCGUCGAGGAAGUUCUUGCAGAAGGUGGAUUUGCCGUAGUCUUCCUAGUUAAAUCCUCAGGUGGUCGAUAUGCCCUUAAACGUAUGUAUGUCAACAACGAACAUGAUCUCAAUGUUUGCAAAAGAGAGAUACAAAUCGCGAGUAACCUGAGUGGUCACAAAAACAUCAUAGGAUAUGUGGACAGCAGUAUUAGUCACACAGGAGGUGGAGUUCACGAACUUCUGCUCUUGAUGCCGUUUUGCAAAUCUCAAGUUCUCCAAAUGAUGAAUAGCAGAUUACAAACUGGUUUCACGGAAUCAGAAGUGCUUCAAAUAUUUUGUGAUGUUUGCGAGGCUGUUUCUCGUUUACAUCAUUGUCAAACGCCCAUUGUUCAUAGGGAUCUCAAGGUGGAAAAUAUACUAUUAGCUGAAACUGGGAAUUAUGUUUUGUGUGAUUUUGGUUCGGCUACGGGUAAAACUCUCAAUCCAAAUGUUCAAGGGGCAUCGACUGUUGAGGAAGAAAUUAAAAAAUACACAACUUUAAGUUAUCGUGCUCCUGAAAUGGUGGACAUGUAUUGUGGAAAGGCAAUUACUACCAAAGCAGAUAUUUGGGCGUUGGGCUGUUUACUUUAUAAGCUGUGCUUUUUUACACUACCAUUUGGUGAAAGUACACUUGCCAUACAAUCGGGAAAUUUUUCAAUUCCCGAUAAUUCAAGAUAUAGUCGAGGACUACAUUCGUUAAUUCGCUAUAUGCUUGAACCUGAUCCAGAUUUGCGACCUGAUAUUUAUCAAGUUUCAGUUAUUGCCUUUCAACUUCAAGGCAAGGAAUGCCCAGUCCAAAAUUUACAUAAAGUUUCAACGCCAACGAUGGAAAAUUUACCAUCAGCGCCAAUGGAAUCCGAAUGCGUUAAGCGUUCGUCAUCGAUAAAAAUCACAAAACCAACACUCGUCACAGCGGUGGAAGGAACAUCGGUGACGCCACGGCAACGACCAAAAGGCCAAGGUGUCACCUCAGGUCCAAUUAGUCUUAGUGGACAAAUUGUGGCGCAAAUUUCCGGUCAGGGCAAUCAAUUACCAUCGUCGGGAAAUUCUGUGUCUUAUAUACAAAUUAAUCAACAAAUAACGCCAAUAAAUACACCGCAAGCGUUUGUUGCAUCGUCAAGUGUACAGAAUAUUUCUGUCAAUUCACAACAACAACAACAACAACAACAGCAGCAGCAGCAAACAUUACAAUUGUCAGCGCAAUCAUCGACAUUCUCACAAGUCUCGCCACAUCUCACAUCACCGAGUCAAAAUGUCACUAGUUUUGGUCAAAAUUCAGCGCAGACUUCUUUUAGUCAAUCGCAAAGUCCAUUGAUAAGUCAUUCGCCAUUAACUCAACAAUCGCCCGUUACGGUUCAGGAGAAGAAUACAUUUUAUUUUGAUGCUAAACCACUUGAGGCUAAAUCGAAUGACGACAAUCUUGAAGCUCUCUUUCCUUCUUCAGGUUAUCCGGAUCCAUUUAAAGAUGAUGCUCGAUCAAUGCCACCGCCAACAAAAAUUCCACCUCCCGUUGCUCCAAAGCCAGGAAUAACAAAAAUUACCCUCGGCAAUUUAACAAAUUCCGGUCCAACGUCGUUACUUGGAAGUGCACAAUUAACGACAAAAUUAACACCGAAUAAAUUAACGAGCACAAUGACACCUCCCAUUUUACCAAAGCCUGUUUCUGUUAAAACCGAAAGUUUAAGUCAGAAUAUUAAUUCAAGUAAUUCGCCGCCUGAUAGUCCAACUUUAAUCUCAUCGAGACAUCGGAGAAAUGUUAGCGACACAAGUGCAUUCAAUAAAGUAUUCGCGAAUGAAACUUCGCAAUUUUUGGCUCCUUAUGAGGCUUCUGUUAAACCUCGACAGGACGAUUCUUUGACACCAGAUGUGCCAAUGGAAAUAAAACCAGGAAUUGGUGCUAGUGCUUCGCAUGUACGUGUUGGGGAGCUUUCAAGUGUCACAGGUAUGGAAAGUCGAUCACUUAGUGCAGAUGUAGCAGCUUGGAAUCCAUUUGAAGAUGCUCAACCCUUUAGUCAACUAACAGAGGAUCAUAUUUUUGGUGCUGAAUUUGAUAAAAUUAGAAGAGGAAGCAAUAGCAGUAUCAGUGGUGUUAAAAGUCGUGAAAGUUUAGUUAUGUCAUACACGGAAGUGCCCGAGGACCCUUUUGAAUCGGCUCCAUUCAGUUUACCUGCAAGCAAAAAGAAUAAACUGGGAUCAAAGGCGACCGCAAUUGCUGGAGGAAUGAAUGAGCCAAGGGGAAAAAUAUUCACUCACUGGAGUCCAGAAGCGGAAAAUGCCGGCGUCGAUGACGAAGCGUCAUUAAUUGCCGAAUCUAGUCCCGUCUCGCCUCCAUUUGUAAAAGCUCCAAUGGAAGAUCGUUCAAAAUAUGAAAAACUCGCCUUCAACGCCGAUGAAGUGUCAAGUGACGACAGCGAUAAGGAAAUAGCUCAACGAAAUGUUGAUCGAACAAAAAAAAAGAGACGACGAAUGAAAGGUGUUUUGACACGACGAAAAAAAGAAACAAAUCACGAUGUUAAUAAUCCUCCAGUUGAAUAUGAAUCAGACGAUUCUAUUGGUUCGGCAUCGGAUUUAAAAGCAAUGAACGACGAGGAUUGCAAUGGUGACAAUGAGGAUGAGAGGGAAAAAAUUGAUGAAACAAUUUCCGAAAGUGUACGAACGUGUGGAAGUUCAGCUUAUCACGCUGAAUGUGAAUCAGUUGCAACGCACGAGGACGAUCAUCGUUUAAAAAGAUCGCGACGUCAUCAUCAUCAUCAUCGAGAACAAUUGCCAACAAUUGUUUCAGAUCCUGUCGUUGGUCAUCAGUACGGUGAGAAACCACUUUUACUUGACGAUGAACUUGAUCCCGAGGCAAAACCCGAACAAAUUCACGGUGAUCCAUUUGUUGGUCAUCAAUAUCGAGUGAAAUCAUUGAUGAAUCAUGACAACAGCUCAUCGGACGAUGGGGAAAAUACGAAAUCAUUAAAAAAUGGCAUCUGGCGAAUUGAAGAAGAUGUCUUUGCCCUUGCUCCAUUUCCAAGAUCAAGUAGUUCGAGAAAAAGUAGCUGUAGUCGUGAAAGUAUUGUUAAAAAUCAAUUAACAAAUUCACCGAAUACAUCAAAUCUCGUUACACCAAUAACAAGUUCACCAAUUGUUUCCGGUACAUUGGUCGAUAUUGGUGAUAAUUUCAUAAAUUCUGAUUUUCCAUCUAAAGAAAAUGAAAAUCAUGAAAAAGAUUUAUUUGGCUCGUCACCAUUUUCAGGUGAAUUUUCCUUUAAUCAAAAACCAAAUCCAUUUAAUCAAAAUUAUGAUGAUGGUACACAAAUUCUCAUUUCAAAUCCAGUUCCAAUAAAGCAACAAUUUUUUCCCGAUUUUUCACGAAACAAUAUGAUAACAUCAACAUCGAAAUUUGGUAUUGUUACUGUAAAAACAGAUGAGUCAAAAGAUUUAUUUGGUUCAAUUCCCUUUGAUGAGCUAACAACACUAAAUAUGAAUCUUCAAGAGAGACCAAAUUCAUUGCCACUCUCGCAAUCACCAAAUUUUGUUGACAAUGCAUUGACAUCGAUUUUAUCGUCAAGUGUAAAAUCGACAAAUUCUGGACAAUAUGAUUAUUCACGACAAAUGGAGCAACACGCGACACGUAUUACAAUACAAGCGACAAAUAGUGUUUCAAGAGCUACGGAUAUGAUAAAUUCAGCUAUUGUUUCACCAAUGUCACCUGAACCACUAGUCAUGGAUGAUGAUUCACCGAAAUUUAAAAAGGAUAAAUCUUCUAAAUUGGACAAGUCAAAAUAUCAUUUGAUUAAUGAAAAUCGUAGUGAUAUGAUUAAUGUGUUGCCAGUGAAAAUUUCACAUAAAAAUAAAGGUGCAAGUUAUAAAAAUAAAACACCGAAAGGUAAAAAAAGUCCAGCUGUUGCCGCUGCUGUUGCUGGCGUUAGUAAUAUGAGUUUUGAAGAUUUUCCCAGUGAUGAGAAUAAUGAGAGACACGUGGGAACGACAUUGACGCCAUUUGAAGUGAUACGCGAGCCUGAAAAGAGGUUUGGCUCUUUAAAAAGAAGAAGUAAUCCAUUUACUUGAGGGCACGUUAGUGGGAAACUGGAUCAAGUUAUUCGAAGGUACGCAGGUGUUUUAUCUGGAGGUAGAUGUAAGAAAUUCAAAUUUUAAAAAAUAUUCAAGAGACGAAGGGAGAUUUUACGAUUAUCCCAUAAAAAUCAUUAAAUAGAAUUUUUAUUUUAAAAAAUUUUAUUAAUUAUUCAUUAUUUUUUGAAUUAGCAUUUAAAUUCGAUUUCAAAACGAAUUGAAAAUUGAAAAUUCGUUUAAAAAAUAUUUUUUUCUAAUAAAAUUCUUUAAAUUGAAAAUUUUAAUUAAUUAUUAUAUUUAUUUAUUAAACUCAAUUUUAAUAUAACGCAAUUGUUUGACGAAAUUUUUUUUCGAACGAAUUUUUAUUAAACAAUUUUAAUUUAAAGAAUGAAUCGAACAGACUGGUCAAAAUAAAAGUUAAUUUAACUUCAAAUUUUCGUAUUUUUAAAUAAAAAUCUUAAUUAAAAAUAUUUUUUAAAUAGGUAAACGAUUUUUCAGUAUAAAUGUAAACACGCAAAGACAGAAAUGAUGCCUGUUUUACUGAUAGCACCAUAUACUUUUUAGUUAUCUGUUUAUUUGUUUGAGUCUUGUAAGUGCUAACAGUCUAAGUGCUUACUUCCUGAGCAGUAAAUUUCUUUGUUUUCUUUACCUU